GAUUUCCGAAUCCAAUCGGCUCAGCUACGAUGAUUCGGUGGAAUUUCGGUGUCAUUCUGAUUAUCCUUGUUGCAUCUUUUGAACUGCUUGGUUCAGCUCAUGGUAGAAGCAAUCGCGUGAAAAAUCCCUUGCUUGACCCAUCAAAGGCCAAUGGCUUCAUCAACUCUUUCCUAAGGUAUCUAAUUCAAUCCGGUGCUUUUGCUGCAAAGCAAGAGCAAGACAUCGCAGAUGUCAUCGAUACCCUUCAACAGGCAAUGUCAUCGACGCAGAGUUCUAAGCGAGGGUCCGCAGCUAAGUCGCAAGCCAUGACCCUUGCAUUUGCGUCGGUGAUAGCAGAUCUUGUCGUCAUAGAUGAUGAAAAUGGACAAGGAGUGUCUAUUGAACAAAAAAAAUCUGUUAUCAAACAAGCUCUUGAAAAAGCAUUUAUGGAGACACAGGGAAGCAUCGACCACUCCUUCAUCCAUGAAAUAGAGAAUUUGAUAAAAGUUUUCGAAGAAGAAAAUGCUCAAAGUUACGAUGAUAACGCAGAAGACCAAUCAAACGAUGACAAAAGCUAUGGUUUUCUACAGCCAGUCAGCGACCUUGGAGCACCACAGAUUGAUGCGGGUGUAUAUGGCAAAUUCAAUCUGGGAGCACAAAAUCUAUUCGACAGUAACUUGAACCUAGAUGUGCAGCCAGCAUUUUUAACUUCAGUGCCCAGUCAAAACCAACAAGGUUAUGGAAUCGACGUAUCUGGAAAUAUUGCUCAGAACUGGAACAUGAACCUCAAUCAGCAAGCUCAACAAGGAAUUUCAGGAACUCAAAAUGCAUUAAACAUAUACGGACUUUCAUCAAUAAAUACUCCGCAAUAUUUUACAGAUGUGUUAACAAGAAAACUACAAGCUACGAGAGUAUUCGAAACCAUAGCUAAAACACAACUGUCACAGAAAGAUUGGUGGUUUAUGUCAGAAUCAAUUUGCAGAAAUCUUGGCAACAAAUUCAGAAUCCCAAUAAAUAACUCGAUAAUGAAUCAGCUAUAUCAAAGACUCAUGAAAGGAGCACAAUCAAACGAGUUGCCAUCACUUUUCUCAGCGGCAAUAUCUAGCAUUCUAGGGGAAAAUAUUCUGCAGACACAAGGACUCUUGAACAUCAAUCUCGAUUCAUUGAUCACGCAAACUAUAGAAGGUAUAUUGCGAGGAUUAGGACAAGCACUUAAUAUUAAUAUAGAUAUAAAAAAAGCUUUAGAUUUAGCUGCUCAAGUGAAAGUAGAUGCUGGAGUUGGUCUUAACGCAAAUGCUGAAGCUGCUGUUGGCGCAGAUAUUAGAGCUGCUCUAGGCGCAGACGUUGGAGUUGGUCUUGGCUCAGAUGUCGGACUUGGUUUGGAUGCAAGUGUAGGGCUCGAUGCAAACACAAACAUCGAUACAGGCGCAAAUGCUGAUAUCAGUACAAAUCUAGGUCUUGGAUUUUCACCCUCUGCAGAUGUGGGACUCGGAGUAGGAUUCAAUGCUCCUAACAUCGGUUUGAAAUUUAAAAAUCUACUUGGACUGAAACUAAAGGCAACAGGAGUACUUGACAUUCUAGCCUCAAAGAAACCCUCCAAAUCUGAUAUUGCUAUUAUUUCAAAAUUAAUCUGUAGGUUUCUAGCAAACAAAUUCCAGAUUCAACUGAAUGUAUCUAUGAUAAAAUUACUCUAUGGCUCGCUGAUUAAACUUAAUGCUAGAGCUAGGCCAGAUGAUUUUGGGAAAGUGCUAGCAGCAGUGAUAAUGAAUAUUCUACAGUCACAAGGACUCCUGAACGUUAAUCUCAACACUUUAUUAACUCAGGCAACAGAGUGCAUAUUAUUAGGUCUAUCGCAAGCACUUAAUAUAAAUAUAGAUAUCAAAAAAGCCUUAGACUUAGCUAGCCAAGUUAAAGUAGAUAUCGGAAUAGGUGCAAAUACAGAUAUUAGUCGGAACCUUGGAGCAGAUGCUGGAGUUGGUGUGGGCGCAGAUGUUGCUGUUGGUCUUGGCACAGAUGUUGAUCUUGGUUUUGGGGCUGAUGUUGGUACAAGUCUCGAUGCGAGUCUAGGUACUGACGCAAAUGCAAAACUUGGCGUACAGGUUGGAGCAAAUCUCGACGCUGGUGAAAAUGCUGAUCUCAAUGCGAAACUAGAUCUUGGUCUGUUAAAAUCUGCUGGUAAAGGAAUCGAAGUUGGAUUGAACGUUCCUAACCUCGGUUUAAAACUUACGAAUCUGCUUGCGCUGAAACUAAAAGCAACAGGAGUAUUUAAUGUUCUAGCAAAAAAGACGCCAUCGCAAUCUGAUAUUCUUAACAUUUCAAAACUAAUCAGCAGGCUUCUCGGAAAUAAAUUCCAGAUCCAACUCAAUGUAUCAAUGAUAAAAUUAUUCUACGGCUCGCUGAUUAAACUUAAUGGUAGGAUUAAACCUGAAGAUUUCGCAAAUGUGCUUGCAGCAACCACGAUGAAUAUUCUUCAGUCGCAGGGACUUUUGAAAAUCAAUCUUGACUCAUUACUAACGCAGGCUACAGAAUGCAUAUUACAAGGUUUUGCUAAAGCACUUAACAUAAACAUAAAUAUCAAAAAUGCCCUAGAUUUAGCUGCUCAGGUUCAAGUAGAUAUUGGAGUAGGUGUGGAUGCUGAUGCAGGAGUAGGACUUGGUACAGAUAUUGGAGUUGGUCUUGGCGCAGGUGUCGGAAAUGGUCUUGGUAGUGACGUCGGCUUUGGUAUGGGCAAAGGCAUUGGAGUUGGACUAAACGCAAGUGUAGGAGUUGAUACAAAUCUUGGUUUGGGCUUUUCCCCAUCUACUGGGAUAGGACUGCAGGCUGGACUGAAUGUUCCUGACCUCGGUUUAAAACUUACAAAUCUUCUCGGGCUGAAAUUAAAAGCAACAGGGGUGCUUAACAUUCUAGCAACAAAGACACCAUCCAGGUCUGAUAUCGUGAAUAUUUCAAAAUCUGUUUCCAAACUUCUUGCAAACAAAUUCCAGAUUCAGUUUAAUGGAUCUCUCAUAAAAUUAUUCUACAACUCUCUCAUUAAACUUGACGCUAUGCGUAAGCCCGAUGGCUUUGCAAAUGUGCUUGCAGCAGUAACAAUUAAUAUUUUGCAGUCACAGGGGUUCCUGAAUAUCAAUCUUGACCCAUUGCUAACCCAAGCUACAGAAUGCAUACUACUAGGAUUAGGAGAAGCACUUAAUAUCAGUGUAGAUAUCAAAAAGGCACUAGAUUUAGCUGCUCAGGUGAAGGUGGAUGUUGGCGCAGGUGUAGAAGCAGACAUUGGAGCUAGUCUUGCAGCAGAUGUUGGAGUUGGUGCUGAUCUUGGAACUGGGCUCGAUGUAGGAGUAGGAGUUGACGCAAAUACAAAUGUUGGCAUUCAGGCAGGGGCAAACAUUGAUGCAGGUGCAAAUGCUGAUGUCAAUGCAAAUCUAGGCUUAGGUCUUUCGCCAUCAACUGUGGCAAGACUAGGAGUUGGACUGAAUGCUCCUGACCUCGGUUUAAAACUUAAAAAUCUACUCAUAUUGAAACUAAAAGCUACAGGAGUGCUUAACAUAUUAGCAACAAAGCCUCCAUCAAGAUCUGAUAUCAUAAAUAUAUCAAAAUCAAUCUGUAGGCUUCUAGCGAAUACAUUUCGGAUUAAACUUCAUGUAUCAAUGAUAAAACUGCUUUAUGGCUCACUCGCUAAACUUGAUACAACAGCUAAGUCUGAUGAUUUCGCAAAUGUGCUCGCAGCAGUCACGAUAAAUAUUUUGCAGUCACAGGGACUCCUGAACAUCAAUCUUGAUACAUUAUUAUCACAAGCUAUAGAAUGCAUAUUACUAGGAUUAGGACAAGCACUUAAUAUUAAUAUUGAUAUAAAAAAUGCACUCGAUUUAGCUGCAAAAGUGAAAGUAGAUGCUGGAGCAGGUGUGGACAUAAAUGUUGGAGUUGGUCUUGGCGCAGAUAUUGAGGCUGGGGUUGGUCUUGGUGCAGACACUGGAAUUGGCCUAGAUGCGGGUGUAGGAGUUGAUGCAAAUGCAAAUCUUGGUGUUCAAGCUGGAGCAAAUCUCGACACAAAUCUAGGUUUAGGGUUGUCCCCGUCUGCCGAUAUAGGACUAGGAAUCGGACUAGAUGUCCCUAAUCUCAUUUUAAAACUUAGAAAUAUUCUUUCUCUGAAAAUAAAAGCAACAGGUGUACUUAAUAUUCUAGCAACAAAGACGCUAUCUAAAUCUGACUUCGUGAACAUUUCGAAAUCAAUCUGCAGACUCCUAGCAAACAAAUUCCAGAUCCAACUCAAUGUGUCAACGAUAAAAUUAUUCUAUGGCUCGCUGAUUAAACUCAAUGGUAGAGCUGCGCCCAAUGAUUUCGCGAAUGUGCUCGCAGAAGUUACGAUGAAUAUUUUGCAGUCACAGGGACUCCUAAAUAUCAAUAUUGAUUCAUUACUAGCUCAGGCUACAGAAUGCAUAUUACUAGGGUUCGGACAAGCACUUAAUAUCAGUGUAGAUAUAAAAAAUGCUCUAGAUUUAGCUGCACAAGUGAAAGUAGAUGUUGGAGCAGGUGUAGAAGCAGACAUCGGAGCUAGUCUUGCAGCAGAUGCUGGAGUUGGUGCUGAUCUUGGAACUGGGCUCGAUGUAGGAGUAGGAGUUGACGCAAAUACAAAUCUUGGCAUUCAGGCAGCGGCAAACAUUGAUGCAGGUGCAAAUGUUGAUGUCAAUGCAAAUCUAGGCUUAGGUCUUUCACCAUCAACUGGGGCAAGACUAGGAGUUGGACUGAAUGUUCCUGACCUCAGUUUAAAACUUAAAAAUCUACUCGUAUUGAAACUAAAAGCUACAGGAGUGCUUAACAUAUUAGCAACAAAGCCUCCAUCAAGAUCUGAUAUCGUGAAUAUCUCAAAAUCAAUCAGCAGGCUUCUAGCGAAUAAAUUUCAUAUUAAACUUGAUGUAUCUAUGAUAAAACUACUUUAUGGCUCACUCGCUAAACUUGAUACAACAGCUAAGUCUGAUGAUUUCGCAAAUGUGCUCACAGCAGUCACGAUAAAUAUUUUGCAGUCACAGGGACUCCUGAACAUCAAUCUUGAUACAUUAUUAUCACAAGCUAUAGAAUGCAUAUUACUAGGAUUAGGACAAGCACUUAAUAUUAAUAUUGAUAUAAAAAAUGCACUCGAUUUAGCUGCAAAAGUAAAAGUAGAUGCUGGAGCAGGUGUGGACGUUAAUGCUGAAGUUGGUCUUGGCGCAGAUAUUGAGGCUGGGGUUGGUCUUGGUGCAGACGCUGGAAUUGGCCUAGAUGCAGGUGUAGGAGUUGAUGCAAAUGCAAAUCUUGGUGUUCAAGCUGGAGCAAAUCUCGACACAAAUCUAGGUUUAGGGUUGUCCCCGUCUGCCGAUAUAGGACUAGGAAUCGGACUAGAUGUCCCUAAUCUCAUUUUAAAAUUUAGAAAUAUUCUUUCUCUGAAAAUAAAAGCAACAGGUGUACUUAAUAUUCUAGCAACAAAGACGUUAUCUAAAUCUGACUUCGUGAACAUUUCGAAAUCAAUCUGCAGACUCCUAGCAAACAAAUUCCAGAUCCAACUCAAUGUGUCAUCGAUAAAAUUAUUCUAUGGCUCGCUGAUUAAACUCAAUGGUAGAGCUGCGCCCGAUGAUUUCGCGAAUGUGCUCGCAGAAGUUACGAUGAAUAUUUUGCAGUCACAGGGACUCCUAAAUAUCAAUAUUGAUUCAUUACUAGCUCAGGCUACAGAAUGCAUAUUACUAGGGUUCGGACAAGCACUUAAUAUCAGUGUAGAUAUAAAAAAUGCUCUAGAUUUAGCUGCACAAGUGAAAGUAGAUGUUGGAGCAGGUGUAGAAGCAGACAUCGGAGCUAGUCUUGCAGCAGAUGCUGGAGUUGGUGCUGAUCUUGGAACUGGGCUCGAUGUAGGAGUAGGAGUUGACGCAAAUACAAAUCUUGGCAUUCAGGCAGCGGCAAACAUUGAUGCAGGUGCAAAUGUUGAUGUCAAUGCAAAUCUAGGCUUAGGUCUUUCACCAUCAACUGGGGCAAGACUAGGAGUUGGACUGAAUGUUCCUGACCUCAGUUUAAAACUUAAAAAUCUACUCGUAUUGAAACUAAAAGCUACAGGAGUGCUUAACAUAUUAGCAACAAAGCCUCCAUCAAGAUCUGAUAUCGUGAAUAUCUCAAAAUCAAUCUGCAGGCUUCUAGCGAAUAAAUUUCAGAUUAAACUUGAUGUAUCUAUGAUAAAACUACUUUAUGGCUCACUCGCUAAACUUGAUACAACAGCUAAGUCUGAUGAUUUCGCAAAUGUGCUCACAGCAGUCACGAUAAAUAUUUUGCAGUCACAGGGACUCCUGAACAUCAAUCUUGAUACAUUAUUAUCACAAGCUAUAGAAUGCAUAUUACUAGGAUUAGGACAAGCACUUAAUAUUAAUAUUGAUAUAAAAAAUGCACUCGAUUUAGCUGCAAAAGUAAAAGUAGAUGCUGGAGCAGGUGUGGACGUUAAUGCUGGAGUUGGUUUUGGCGCAGAUAUUGAGGCUGGGCUUGAUCUUGGUGCAGACGCUGGAAUUGGUAUAGAUGCAGAUGUAGGAGUUGAUGCAAAUGCGAAUCUUGGUAUUCAGGCUGGAGCUGAUGUCGGUACAAGUGCAGACUUUGAUGUCAACGCAAAUUUAGGUGUCGGUCUCAAACCAUCUCCUGGUGUAAGGCUGGGAGCUGGAAUUAAUGUUCCGGAUCUUAGUUUAAAACUUAAAAAUCUGCUCUCAUUGAAAUGGAAAGCCACAGGAGCACUUAAUGUCUUAGAAACAAAAAAGCUAUCAAAAUCUGAUAUCGUGAACAUUUCGAAAUUAAUAUGCCGGCUUCUUGCUAGCAAAUUCCAGGUUCAACUUAAUGUAUCUACGAUAAAAAUACUCUAUGUAUCUCUGAUCAAACUUAAUGCCAAAGCUACGCCUGAUGAUUUUGCAAAUGUACUUGGGACAGUAACAAUUAAUAUUCUGCAAUCACAGGGACUGCUGGACAUAAAUCUCGACACAGUACUAACUCAGGCAAUAGAAUGUAUACUACUAGGGUUUGGAAAAGCACUUAAUAUAAAUAUAGAUAUAAAAAAAGCUUUAGAUUUAGCUGCUCAAGUGAAAGUAGAUAUUGGUGCAGAUGUAAAUGCAGACGCCGGAGUUGGUGCAGACAUCGGGUUGGGUCUUGGAACUGAUAUUGGGCUUGGUGUUGCCGCUGAUACUGAACUUGGUCUUGAUGCAAAUGCAGGAGUUGAAGCUAACGUAGAUCUUGGUGUUCAGGUAGGAGCAAAAGUUGAUGCAGAUGUAAAUGCUGAUGUCAAUUCGGACCUUGGUUUAGGUCUUUCACCAUCUACUGGUGUAGGACUGGGAGUCGGAGUGAAUGCUCCUAAAGUCAGUUUAAAACUUCAAAAUCUUCUCGCAUUGAAACUAAAAGCAACAGGAGUACUUAACAUUCUGGCAACAAAGAGAUCAUCCAGAUCUGAUAUCAUAAACAUUUCAAAAUCGAUCUGCAGGCUUCUGGCGAACAAAUUUCAAAUUAAACUUAAUGUACCUAUGAUUAAAUUAGUCUACGAUUCACUCGCUAAACUUGAUGCAAGAGCUAAGCCCGAUGAUUUCGCAAAUGUCCUCGCAGCAGUCACGAUGAAUAUUUUGCAGUCACAGGGACGUCUAAACAUCAAUCUUAAUUCACUAUUAACGCAAGCUACAGAAUGCAUAUUAAUAGGAUUAGGACAAGCGCUUGGUAUUAAUUUUGAUAUCCAAAAUGCUCUAGAUUUAGCUGCAAAAGUAAAAGUAGAUGCUGCAAUAGGUGUGGACACAGAUCUUGGAGUUGGUCUUGGUGCAGAUGGUGGGGUUGCGGUUGAUCUUAGUGCAGAUGUUGGAGUUGGCGCAGAUGCUGGAUUUGGUCUAGAUACAAGUGUAGCGGUUGAUGCAAAUACGAAUCUUGGUAUUCUUGCUGGAUCAGAUAUCGAUACAGGUACAAAUGCUGAUAUCAACGCAAAUCUAGGUGUUGGUUUAUCACCAUCUGCUGACGUAGGGUUGAGAAUUGGAACGAAAGUCCCAGAUCUUGGUUUAAAACUUAAAAAUCUCCUUGCACUAAAAUUGAAAGCAACAGGAGUGCUCAAUAUCUUAGGAACAAAAAGGCCAUCAAAGUCUGAUAUCGUGAACAUUUCAAAACUAAUAUGCAGGCUUCUUGCAAACAAAUUCAGGAUUCAAAUUAAUGUACCUAUGAUAAAACUACUGUACGGAUCUCUCAUCAAACUUAAUGUCAGAGCUACACCAGAGGAUUUCGCAAAUGUACUUGCAACAGUAACAAUAAAUAUUUUGCAAUCACAGGGACUCUUGGAUAUAAAUUUCGAUACAUUACUAACUCAGUCAACAGAAUGUAUACUACUAGGGGUUGGACAAGCACUUAACAUAAAUUUAGACAUAAAAAAAGCUUUAGAUUUAGCUGCUCAAGUGAAAGUAGAUAUUGAUGCUGAUGUUAAUGCAGAUGCUGGAGUUGGUACAGAUGUCGGGUUGGAUAUUGGAGCUGAUAUUGGGCUUGGCGUUGGUGCUGACACUGGAGUUAGUCUUGAUGCAAAUGCAGGAGCUGACUCUAAUGCAAAUCUUGGUGCUCAGGCAGGAGCAAAGGUAGAUGCAGAUGUAAAUACUGAUAUCAAUGCAGACCUCGGUUCAGGUCUUUCACCAUCAACUGGAGCAAGACUAGGAGUUGGACUGAAUGUUCCUGACCUCGGUUUAAAACUUAAAAAUCUACUCGUAUGGAAACUAAAAGCUGCAGGGGGGUUAACAUAUUCGCCACAAAAGCCCAUCAAGAUCAGAUAUCUUGAAUAUUCAAAAAUCAAUCUGAAAGCUUCUAGCGGAAUAAAUUCAGAUAAACUUGAUGUAUUAUGA